AUGGACAUCUCUUCCAGCGUGGCCGGUGAUACACAGCGGGUCUUUGAGCUUGAGAGUCGAGAUGCUAUUCGUCAAUAUCUGGACACAUACUUUGACAAAUCCGACAUUGCCGACUGCGUCUUUCUUCAUCGAGCUACAACAAUCGCAGAAUGGAGCCAAGGCAAACUCGAAAAGACCUUACUCAAAGCUAUCUGCGCUUCAGCACUGCGACUUGCACCAACAUAUCACACGAAGAGCUCACCAGCGCAUAACUGGAUAAAACAAGCUCAGCAUGAGUUGGUCAAUCACAUGGGCGAUAUGUCGGUGCCGAAACUACAAGCUCUAAUGCUUGUGAUCAAAUUCCUCUUCUCCAUGCGUUUCACUGGAGAUGUUUGGGUCCUUCUGUCAAUCGCAUCAAGAGUCGCGUUCACCAAGAGGCUCAACUAUGAACGCCCAGCUAUCGAUCCAGUCAAGCAGGAGUGUCUAAGGCGCUUGAUGUGGUCUAUUUACGUUGUUGACAAAGUAUUCUCGGGUGGUAUUGAGGAUCUGACUGUUUGUCCCACGCAAAGAAUGCAUAUCCGUUUACCGAGCAGUCAUCAUAAUUUCCAACUUGGUUCAAGAUCAAAAGCGCCGUUUCUGCGGAGUAAGAAUGAGAAUGACACAGACUUGAAUGUCUUGGCGUAUUUGAUGCGGCUGUACGACAUUCGAGAUAGAGUUCUGAGUUGUCGCUGCGAUCUUCACCGCUUUCUCAUCCCCGGCAUUCGAGAGGCUGUAUCACCAGAAGCACUCGGUCAAACGCCACGAGAGUAUAUCGACUACUGCCAGCAACAGUGUUUACAGACUGCAAUGAAAUACAUAGACAUGUGGUCCAAAGUUCGACAGAUGGAGACUAGUAGUCGUGUCGGUACACCAACGUUUGCAGUAGUGACGUACCAAUUCGUCAAAAUGGUUGAUCACUUGGCUGCUCUACUGCCAUUACACGGGGAGUCAUCGUUACCAGUGAUCAAGCAGAAGUUUAUGGAUAUCCUGCUUAUUGUUUCAGGAAGUCGCGCUGAAGUUGGAUGGAUUGGUUCAUGUAUCACGGAUAUUGAGAACCUCAUACCACGAUUGGGGACCAGACAUAUAUCGCCUGGAUCACCGAGCGCUUCGCCAGGGACUCUUCGCUUACAAGAAAAGCUGCAUCGUCGUUCUAAGCAUGCCUUUGCUCCAGACGAUGAAGAGGAGGAAGAUCCCGCUAUCCGACCACCAGAGUCUAAUAAUAGCGAAGAGAUACCAGAGACCUCCCUUGAGUCCGCAGUGCUCGAGAACGCUCCAGGACAAGACAUUUGGUCCUUUCCGGUCCAGGGCGAUGAGCAGGGUCUGACUGGGUCGACGGGAGACGGGUCUCUUGGCUCAUUCUCGUCACUUGGAUAUCCACUCAUCAACUAUGACUCGAUCAACUCAGCUGACAUGGUGUUUGGAGACCAAGAACUUGGUUUCCCAUUGGAUCCCUUUGAUCUUCAGAUGAAUGCUUAUACUGAUGCCAAUGCACCUCAAUAUUAG